GUGAAGGAUGCUAUGUAGAUGUUAAAAGAGGAAACUUACCUUAUUUUACUCAAAUAUUUGGUCGCCAAAACCCAAAUGGAGGAAGCAAAGGAGAACAUAUUGUUCAAAGGUUUUGCUGAGAGGCUAACACUCGGUAUUACUCAAAUACUAGAGAACUUGCCAGGAGUGGCGGAUGUUCGUUUUGCAGAGAGGGAGCCAGCAGAGAAAAGGAACCUGCUAUCAUGGGAACAGAAAAACACAUGUAUUUUACCAGAAGACCUGCGAGACUUUUACCUCACAACUGAUGGAUUUACAUUAACCUGGAGUGUUGAGUUAGACAAUGAGUGUGUGCCCUUAGGCUGCAUGACGAUCAAUAGCGUGGGCAGGCUGUGCCCUCUGCUUCAGCCUGUGUCGCUUUUCUCUCUCCCAAACGCCCCCUCCCUGGCUGACCUGGACUGGGAGGAGAGCAGCAGAGAAAGUGGACCGGAGCGUGUGCCCGCUGCGCCUCACUUUGAUGCCCGGAGUCGCAUCUUCGAGCUGGAUUCUUGCGGCGGGAAUGGAAAAGUGUGUCUUGUUUACAAAAACUGCACUCCAGCAGUGGGCAUCCCUCUACCAGCCCCUGAUCUUCAGCAGUGAGCUCAUCCAAGCAGAUGCAGCUGGAGAGCCCUUUCUGAACAAGCUGGACCCCAGCAAGGCGUUUAAAGGCAAAGCCAAAGGACCGACCCCUUCGAAGAAGCAGUCGGCUCAGUGCAGCUCAGGGUCCGCUGCCAGGGGCCAAGGCAACACUGGAAGACUCGGUGGGACAAAGCGGUGAAAGAGUUCCCGCUCAGGAACAAUGGAAAUGUCACGCAGCCUCACUGUCUGACCUGCAUGGUUGAAAAAAAUAUAAAAAACUGAUGGGCCAUUUUUUCAUUGGGUGAACUUAUCCCCUCAGCUCUGAGCAGCAUGAGAACAGACACAUCACCAGGUUCUCUGGUGUUCUGGCUCACUUUAUGUUUGAAGUUGUUACAAAAUGUUAAAAAUGUAAAAGAAAACUGAUUAUUACUGAGCUCAUUGUAGCUGUCUUCCUCUGAUAAAAAUUAACUUACCAACCUGCCAUACUUUUCAAAAAAACAAACGUAAUCCUUAAUACACAGGGAUCUAAUUACUCACUUUUGUUUAUUUGUUUUAUACUAAAUAUUAGAAAAAAGAUUGUAAAGGCAGUUUGCAGCUCAUUGAGUAGUACCUUUCUUUUUUAAAAGAUUUUCAAAACCAGAAUAUGUAAAAACAUAAAACUUAGUUGAGCAGAAAGUAAGAACUUGAUUUUGCAAAACAAAAGCAUUGAAGACAUGAUUUUCAGCCUCAGUGUGAAACAGUCAUGUUAGUGUAAUGAAAACCAAAAGUUACAGCAGACCUCAUAAACUCUGUCACCACUUACUUUAUGCACCUGACACAACCUGCAGUAUUAUUCACAUUUAGCAUACAUAUUGAGCAUGUCUACUUGUACUUUAAAUAAUAAAUUAAUACUGUAUUUAUGAA